AUGGCUGAUCCCUCGGAGGAUAGUAAACACGAGGGUGAGCCGGAGAAUAAUGCAAAUGGCUCAGCUCAACCUGCGCCCGACGUUUCCGUGAGGGAUGCUGCCACCACCACUGUCCCUGAUCAUCCCAAACCCUGCAAAAAACACCCCAAAUUGGACAAGAAGAAGCGGAGUCAAAAGAAGCAAGAUGCCUCCGAGAGCGAGUCCGACUCGGAGUCAACCGAAUCAUCCAGCGAGUCCGACUCGGCCAAUGCCGAUUCAGAAUCUAUUGCCAGUGAAUCCGAAGCCGACAAGCGUAGACGUCACCGUGUGAAGACCAAGGCCCGGACCAAACGUACCCAGAUGGACAAGAAACGACGUAAGAGAAGAAAGAUGCGGUCGCGCAAGUCAAGUUCAACAGGCUCCGACACCGACUCCUCCGAUGACUCCGACACCGAUUCCGGAUCUUCGCGCGACUCUGACUCGUCACUGGAUGAAAAGGCCCUGCGCAAAUUGGUGACCCGUCUGAAGCUCAAGAAGCGGGCUAGGCGCCUGCGAGAUGAGACCAACGACGAUCUGGGCACGAGUGACCCUCUGGGGGAAAGUCGCCGGGAGAAGCGAUCGAAGAGAAAGAAGCCGGCAUCCAAGGUCGCCUUCAAGCGUGUGGAUCAACUCUGGGAUAACACCAUCCAUAAAUACAAGCUCACCGAAACCGUGGAUGACCCCGACGCGGACGAGUGGGACCAAUACAUUUUCACAGUGCGCCGCAGGUUUGAUUGGGAGAACAAGUAUUUGGAAACCGUGGUUGACAUCAAGAGUAAACACCUUCGUGAUGCUCUCGCCAAGGUCAUGGACGGUGUCAAGGGUGUUAGUCUGGUGCAAGAGCCCGCUGUCGUUGACCCCAACAUGCUAUUCCUGUAUCUAGAAGAGACUCGACAGUGGAUGAAAGAUCUCAAACGCCAGUCGCGCACCGAAAAAAAGAAGAAGGCGAAGAAACAUGCCGCUGCCAAGGCGGCGCAUCUCAAGGUGCUCAUCAAAUACCUGGACGCCGACUACGCCGACAUCAAAAAGACCCUUUAUCCCCUACUCGAAGCCAAGACAAUCACGUUCGAUCUACUGUGGGCGCUGUUCAAGCCCAACACCAUUGCUUACACUCCAACUUACGGGAACAACGACGAGCCUCGGGCCUUCAAGAUCGAAUAUGCCAUCAAGGAAUCCUCCUUUAUGAAGGGCCAGUGGUACAGUGUGGAAGGUCGGUAUUUGGAGUACGAUGGCAAGGAUUUUGGUUUCGGUACCAUGUCUGCUGAGGUGGAGUCUUUCAAAGGAGCACGAAAGAUCGCCAGCCUGGCGUGCUAUCCUCUACAGUAUCACCGCGACUCGGAGGCUGUUCGCGCACGACUGAUCGAGCGUGGCAAACGAUUCGUCGCUCUACGCGGCAUGAACUACCGUUUCCACAAGGGGAUGGCCUUCUUCAAGAAGAAGCGUUCCUUCGUGGUCAAGGUCAAUAUCAACGGACGAGUCAUGAUCGACCCUGCCAUUCACCGACGUAUCAAUCCGAACUAUCCCAUUAGCACCGUCCGGCCCAAGGAUCCAGAUCUGCUUGAUCCCUCGGAAGCUGGAUUCAGCGAUCCCGAUGACGAUGGUAGCGAGGGCUGCUGCUGCGGAGGGUCUGACUCGGACUCUGACCGUGGCGGCUCAUCGGACACUCCACGAACUGUCUACAAAGUCAUUGAAGGCGACGAUGGAAAUCCCCGAGUUGUGGAGGUGGAAGUCGACGAGAACGGGAAUGAGAUCCACAAGGAGAAGAUGGACCGCAUCGAAGGUGAUGCAGCGGAUACCAAGGAACGGGAGUUCACCGAGGAAGAACUGCUCGUCGCCAGCCCUGUAGUCCUUGGGUUCGCAUUCAGCGAAAAGCUGUGGCUUGAGUUUACUAUCUCUGGUAUCAGCGACAUCGACUGGAACGCCGAUGCUUUUGGCUCGUUAGUGCUUCCUAACAACCAGAAGUCCAUCGUCAAGGCGCUGGUGGAAUCGCACACCUUCCACGCCGCCGAGAACAUCGACGAUGUGAUUCAGGGCAAGGGCAAAGGUCUCGUCGCUGUUCUGCACGGCCCCCCGGGAACUGGAAAGACCCUCACGGCGGAAGGCAUCGCAGAACUCCUCAAACGACCACUAUACAUGGUCAGUGCCGGUGAGCUUGGAACAGACUCACGCACUCUAGAAGCCGAGUUGAACAAGAUCCUGGACAUUGCACACUCGUGGGGAGCCGCCGAUGUCUUCCUUGAGAAACGGACGAUUCACGAUAUCCACCGUAACGCUCUAGUCAGCAUUUUCCUUCGCCUGCUCGAAUACUUCCAGGGCAUUCUAUUCCUGACCACCAACCGAGUGGAGACCUUUGACGAUGCCUUCCAGUCUCGUAUUCACGUUGCCUUGCGGUACGGCGAUCUCACAACCAAGGCCAAACGCAGCAUCUGGAAGAUGUUCCUGGAGCGAGUGCGCGCCAUUGAAGGAGUCCGCACGAGCUCUUUCUCCGAGGAAGACUAUGAUGUUCUUUCUCGACACACCUUGAACGGCCGUCAGAUCAAAAACUCGGUCCGCACGGCACAGGCCCUGGCAGUCAAUGAGAGCUCGCCUCUAUCAAUGGAUCACAUAAAACGAGUUCUGGAUGUUGCAGAGACAUUUGAUCAGGAUCUUCGCGGGGGAACUGGUUAUCUAGAUGCGAUGCGUAGCUACACUUAG